CGAGUAAAUUUCCAAACAAUUGGCCGCACACCUGUUUUCGCACCUUUUGACCGAGUCUUUCCCAAUAUCUGUGCUCGAAUCUAAAAAAUGCAUCGUGGCAUAUUGACGGGCUUCGCUGUGAACUGGUCCAUCGAGGGGCUCGGUUGAAAUCGAAAGCCAAUCAACAGGUUUUCGCGGUGCUGUUGUAGUUGGCAUUGGUCUGGGGGUCUUGGGUCUUCAACAAGGAAGCACCGACCGUUUGGACCUUGCCUUACUUCUUUCGCAUUCGCAAUGGCCUAUGGGUUUCGCCUCUUGCUUAUCAGUCGCGGUGUGGCGACGAUCCAGUCGAGAUAAUGCUGAACACCAUAGCCGGCAAACCCCUGACCCGCUCCCAGAUAAAGAGGAUAAUACGUUACGAACGAAAGGUGAUGAAGGCACUGUGCUACAGUGCCAAGCUGGUGGCCGGCUAUCAUGCCAAGCGGAAUCCGGAUCUUGCCAAGCGCUACGCCACCGCCAGCUCCAAGAUUUCGGGUGCGAGAGCCACCCUGCGCCUUAUAGAUGACAUACCCAUGAUCCAGUACGCGCUGGAGUAUGGCCUGGGCGAGAAUGAACCCGAUCGCAUUAUGGCAGUGCUGGGGGUCACGGCCAACAUUGUGGAUCUGCUGUACUACCCCAUCGAGAAGGUCUGCUGGCUGGCCGAGCACAGGAUUGUGGAUGUCAAGAAUGCGGAUAGCUGGGACAAUGUCAACUCCAUAUUCUGGGUGCUCUCGGUGUACCUAAACCUUAUGAGGACAAUGCGCAACUUCUCCCUGAAUCAGGACAAACUGAAUCGCACCAAGAACAUACAAGAUUUGGAUGUGAAAGCCCUGGCGAAGCACCGCCUGGAGAUGGUGUCCAUCGCUCGCAUCUCCCUCGACUUCGUGCACGCCGUCAGUACCCUGCCCAAGGGCUACUUGUGGGGCGGCAAGCUGUCCACUUUUCAAGUAGGGGCCAUUGGCACCCUGUCCGCCGGCCUGGGCAUCUACCAGAUCUUUGCCAAGAGAAGACUGAACAAGUAGUCGCGCCGCCUUCGUAUUCGCAAUCUGUGUGUACUCGUAUUUGUUGAUCAGAAUUUGUAAGCUAGUCGGUAAACCUUUUUGUACGUUGCGUUUUUUGUACGGCACUCGCAGGUGUUUAGUCAGUAAGUCCCCUAAAAGAGCACAAAAUACACGCUGAAUAAUGGUGAAAACAAGAAA